CUCGGCCCAAGGGAAGGGGCGGGACAGGUUUUGCGAGCCUCGCCUUUCCGAAAUCGUCGUCUCCAUUUUGCAGGCUGCGCUGUGUGUGGGUGGCGGAAGGGGUCUCCGGGAUCACACGCAGGUCUUGUCUCAGAAUGUCAUACCCAGGAUAUCCUCCUUCAGGUUACCCUGCUUUUCCUGGUUAUCCUCCUACAGGGCAAGAGUCUGCUUAUCCACCUGCUGGGCAGUAUUCUUACCCUGCUGUGCCUGGAGGCUUCCCACCUAUGGGAAGUGGUGCAUAUCCUGCAGCUCCACCAGCUGGUGGGUUCCCAGGGGCUGGUGGAUAUCCUCCUGCACCUGGUGGAUAUCCUCCUGCACCUGGUGGAUAUCCUUCUGCACCUGGUGGGUACCCUGGAGCUCCUCAACCUGGCGGGAUGCCAACGUACCCUGGAGGUGCUGGAUUUGGGGCGCCCUCUAAUGGUUCUGGCUUUGGCUAUCCUCAACCUCCAUCCCAAAAUUAUGGAGGAGGUGGACCAGCACAAAUACCAGUUGGGUAUCCUGGUGGACAAACAUCAACACCACCUCAGCCUGCAGCAAUGACUCAAAAUAUGCAAGGCACAAUUCGACCUGCUCCUAACUUUGAUGCAGGACGGGAUGCAGAGAUUCUGCGUAAGGCUAUGAAGGGGUUUGGAACGGAUGAACAGGCAAUCAUUGAUGUUGUGGCUAACCGCUCCAGUGCUCAGAGGCAACAAAUUAAGGCUGCUUUCAAGACCAUGUAUGGCAAGGAUUUAAUUAAAGACCUAAAGUCGGAGCUAAGUGGAAACAUGGAAGAGCUGAUCCUUGCAUUGUUCAUGCCAAGUACCUAUUAUGAUGCCUGGAGUUUACGGCAUGCUAUGAAGGGUGCAGGAACACAAGAGAAUGUACUGAUUGAGAUUCUCUGCACAAGGACAAACCAGGAGAUUCGAGAAAUAGUUCAUUGUUACAAGACUGAAUUUGGAAGAGACAUUGAGCACGAUAUUCGGUCUGAUACAUCGGGACACUUUGAACGAUUACUUGUAUCUAUGUGUCAGGGUAAUCGGGAUGAGAAUCAGACUGUGGACUACCAAACAGCUCAACUAGAUGCUCAACGUCUUUACCAAGCUGGUGAAGGGAAACUGGGGACAGAUGAGUCUUGCUUCAACAUGAUCCUGGCAACAAGAAGCUUUCCUCAGCUGAAAGCCAUAGUGGAAGCCUAUUCUCAGAUUGCGAAUCGUGAUUUAUUAAGCAGCAUUGGCCGGGAGUUUUCAGGAAAUGUCGAACGUGGCUUGAAGACUAUCAUACAAUGCGCUCUGAACCGCCCAGCCUUUUUUGCAGAGAGACUUUAUCAUGCCAUGAAAGGAGCUGGCACAGAUGACUCUGACCUUGUUAGAAUUGUUGUCAGUCGCAGUGAGAUUGAUCUUGUACAAAUCAAACAGAUGUUCACACAGAUGUACCAGAAAACUUUGGGCACAAUGAUAUCAGGUGACACAAGUGGGGACUACAAACGCUUACUCUUGGCUAUUGUUGGUCAAUAGAGCAUACUCUCAGCAAACAAAAUGGAACAAGACCUGCUUAGGCAAAUAACCAACUAUCCUUGCAUAUAAGAGUGUAAGUUACUGUAGACAAUGAAAAGUAUGCUUUUAAUAGAUUAUUUGAAUGGCCUUCAUUUUGCACAUACUGUAUAAUUGCCUUAAUGGAGCACAUCAUGUACUUUACAAUGUAAAAUAAGACACCUGCUGCCUGA